AAUUUACUGUAUCCAAAAUGAGCAUGGUCAAUAACACCACGUAUAAGCUCAAAUCUUAUAACAUGAAGGCUUAUAAGCACCUGGAAACUAUAUGUUCCCAGAUUACACAGAACAAAGACAAGAAGUUACACGAGAAUGCCAAGGAGUUCUACCUGAAGCUGAUAGAUUCGAUUGAUGACAACAGCUUGCAGUUCUUCCUGACUAUCCUUUCUGAAUAUGACAGCAAGCAGAUGAAUUUACUGCAGACUUACCAAAAUUGAUACACAGUAAUUCCUAAGGGAAGUGAACAUAAAUCCCUGAUUGAUAUGUUUAAUGAACUUGUCCCUGAGAGUCUUAGAAGAUAUGAUGUUACGGAAAAAUCUACUAUACAAGGCUUUGCUGUAUUACUGAGUGAGAUCAAAACAGCUGUACCUCAAAAAGUAGAGAAGAUUCAAAGCAUUCUCUUUAAUAAAUUAUUGGGAGAGAAUGAGAAACUCAACGCCCUAAAGGACAUUUUGUCAGGCCACCCUCAUCUUUAUCAGAAGAUGAAGAACCAGUGCAUGAUCACUGAGAAGGACAUGGAGCAUGAACCCGUCCAUUCUGGUGGUAGCCAAGAAGCUGAUGAAGAAAGAGAAGUUCCAGUCAACGCGAACAAUGGAAUAAUGAUUGGUGACUUCUCUGACAAAGAUUCACAACAAAAGAACUCUGAUGAGAAGCAGAGUGACCAGGAAGACAACGAGGCUGAAGGUGACUCCUCCCAACUUGAGGAACGAUCUGAUUAUUCAAGGCAGAGGGUCCAAGAAAUUGUUCCCAAGAUGAGUGCUAUCAUGCACUCAGGGACUUCUGGGCAAAAGCACUUUGAUAAGUUAGAAGCUAACUUGUUUGACAAGUUGUUUAACUUUUUCAAGAAGAAAUACAAAUAUGACGACAUCAUUAAGAUAUUGAGCCUCUAUUCUGAUGGUGUAAUUGGAGCAGACGAACUCAAUGAACUCAUUGAUUGUCAUUUUCCUGCGAAUAGCGACAUUCAUGACCAAUUUUUGAACUUGAUCUACAGUAGAGAGACUAACAGAAGACAACUCUCGUGGUUCACAAAGCCGAUUUCAGAGUUUUCCUUGUCAAAUUGAGGCAUCAUUGAUAAGAGUUAUACCUCGUUCCCAAAUGAUUUCCACAAGCUAAUCUGAAGUGGAAUCGACAAAAUUGGUGCAGAAGCAUUGAACAGCAAGUGGGUCUCUGUCCCAAGAGGAUCCGAAUAUUUCUCAUUCCAUCAAAGAAACUCAAGUGAAGAAACACUCUUCAUGGUUGAGGAUGAGAGAUAUGAAGUAGAUGCCUACCUCAACAUGACUAAUAGCACUAUUGGUGCUCUGAAGAGACUCGAAACUCAAUUUAAAAGCUUGAAUGAAGAAGAGCAAAAGAGUAUGACUGAAGAACAGGUUACCGCCCUCAGAAGCAGAUACAUGAAACCUCCCCAUAUGAAGUGGAUUAAGCAUAUUUACAACUGCACAAUUGAAAUGGCUAAAUCUGACUCGAAAUAUGACUUCUUGAAUCUGAAUAAUUUGUUAGUAAUUCCCAUCAUUAUGGAAAGACUCCAAAAAUUACAAAAAUGCUGGAGCGAUAAAAAGAACGAUAGGCAGAAAUAAAUGGAGAAAGCAAUGCAGGGACCACUGGGAAAAGGCUCUUGACAAUCGUUCUCACCAGUUUAAGAUUUUGGAGAAAUAAGGAAAUUGUACCCAAGAACAUGCUCAAGGAAGCAAAAGAGAGGCAUCAACAUCAGCUGGAUAAUAAGAUAGAGCUGAAUGAAAUCCUGACCUUGAUGACUACUUUUAAGCCAUCAGAUAAUCCAUUCUUACCUGUUGAGAUAGAAGAUGAACCAAUGAGUUUGAAGAUUGAAGAGCUGAAGAAAUAUCCUGAGAAAUUGCCGACUUAUAGGAUGCAAGUGAGCGACCAAUAUAGCUUUGAGCUUGCGCUGAAGAUAAUGUUCUCUAUCCUCAAGUUCUUACCUUCUUCGUACAACAAGCAUUCUGAGUACCUUAAAGGAUACAUUUCUCUAUUCGGUCUUAGUUGUAAAAAUCCAGAUGAUGUCUCUUGCUAUGAGUUCAGCGACAGUGACAGAGACAUUUUGAUCGGAAUCUUAGCUCCAAGGAUCCUUAACAAGCAGGACGAGGACGAAGAAAUCGAUAAUCUGGUUGGUGGUAUGAAAGAUCCAGGCUCAGACAGUAGCCACCCCCAAAAGUUUAGUGACUGCCUUACUUUUGCAGAUGCUGAAAAUCAAACCUUCCUUGAGCUACUCGAGCUAGAUUGCUUUGAGAGUUCACCAACUGGCGAGGAAGGUCAACACAAUUCUUCCACAAUAAGAGUAGAUCCUGAAGAUGCAAAGGAGUUAUCUAAAAGCAUCGAGGAGGAGCACUUCAUUCCAUAUUUCAAGAAGGAAUACAAAGUUGCAUUUGGAAGUCCAAACCACUUUGUAUUCAUUAAAUGCCUCUUUAUCAUGUAUGAGAGGCUCAGGCUUGCCAGGAAAAUCAUUCAGGACAGAGUUGAGGUAGAUUUUGCAGAGAAUAGAGACGCUGUCAUCCAUUCUUACAAAGGAUACAAGAAAUCCCAAGAGAGGAUUCGGGAAAAUCGAGGUAUUCAUGAACAACCUGGUGAGAAUUCAGGUGAAGUCAUUGAGGAUGACGCUACAAUCAAGGACAGGGUCGCCAGACAUCGACUUGCGAUCCUCAUAGGUGUUUCUGUGACAAAGUUCAAAUCUAAGCUAGAUACAGCAACUUUUGAGGAACUCGUCAGAGUAUUCCUAGGAGUCAAGGCAUUUUUCUUCUUUACUUUUGAUAAACUUAUUGGAGUGGCUAGUAAGGCAUUCCAUAGCCUUUAUAAUGACGAGUAUCAGAAGUCCUCUUCCUUCAACCUAUUUGAGAAGUAUGAAGGAUUUGCAGGGAAGGAGAGAGCCAAAAUGCACACGAUGUAUCUGUGAGAGUACAAAAAUCUUCUAAAUGACAUGAGUUCUUCUAAUGGUCAUACUUGUAGAGUGAUGUACUCUCCUAUCAGUAGGAUGAUUUCUAUCCACUACUUCAAUCUAAAGAAGCCUCUUACAAAUUCGAGACUUCUGGACGAUUUAAAUUUCUAUCGUGACAAUUAUCUCGCAGGAGGCAUUCACGAGCAAAUUUAUUCAGGGUUAUCAAAAGAAGAAGAUGAUGAAGAGUCCAAUCCUGAACUACCCAUUUCAAUCCCAAAGCUCUUUUUGAAGAGGAACCUAAAGAGGAUGCACAAGGUUAUUGAAGGCAACUCAGAUGUCAAAAUUCAUCAGCAUCUUCCGGCUUACUUCAGCUCAAAAAUGUUAAAAAUCAGAUAUGGUUCAAAUAAAACCGAUAUUAUUGAAAGAAAGCGUAAAAGAAAGGCGCCACAGCCCCCAGUCGAGGCCACAGCUGUCUCUGGAGAAUCAAAGCCAGAGGCUGAAGAUAAGAUUCACUGCUAA